AAAAGCCCGUGGCCUGCGUGACGCCCUCGGGCCCCGCUCUGCCUCGCUCUGCAGCCCAGGCUAGGCCAGGCCACGGACCGUCGGGACUGGCGCGGCGCAGCGGCAUCAACGCUGCUGCAAAGCCAAAUGAUUUGUCGCAGCAAUGGCUGCGUUUAGCCCUUGAUCCUAGGCGAUCCGCCCCCACGUGAUCAGAUUCUCUAGUUGGCUUGCGAUUCCACAUCUGAUCAACGCUUGGAACACUUGGGGGUUGGGUGGGUAGCGCGAGUUUAAGCUCUCGCGGAUUGAGUUGCGUGGCGCCAUGUGCUCGUGCUGGCGUCGAGGGUCGCGCUUCACAUCACCGACUGGAGUUUCACUUACGGUGGUGGCGGGUUUCUGACUCCCGAUGGAGUGAGGAAUGGACAUGUUUUCGCGACAUUGUGGAUGAGUGUUGCUGAACCUCACGGCUGAUGUCAGUCGAUGUUGCGGAGAUGAGUCGCUGAUUGAGCGCAUGCGCCUACAGACGCGAAGGUUGAGAGAAUCGUGGCCAGACUUUUGCGUGUAGUUCCAUCAGCCUCGGCCCCUUCACACGCCUUUUUUAACCGAGUUCCGUCGGUUUGACGCAAGAAUCGGGUUGGUUCAUAGACAUCUGCCUUUUUUGACUCGUGAAGUGGACUUCGAGGCAUCUCCAAUUGGGGUGUCAAGGCUUGUGACGAGGCGGAAGACGAAGGCUGCUAUGAAUUCUGCUCAAGCAGAGUUGAUGACCCCUGUGGGAAACAUCGUCAGGGCGGAUGGGUUUGUCAAAUCACAGAGCUUCCAGGAGCACCACCACCACCUGCUGCGGCAGACACUCUCCCAACCGGAGUCGGAUGACAUAGCCGACAUUGUUGAGAGCCUGUCCAAGUUCACGUUCGCGGUGCCCGCCGUGGAUGAGGCUGAGGAGGAGCAGGAGUACAUGGCCAAAUGCGAGUGCUGUGGACUCAUCGAGGAGUGCACUCCAGGGUACGUCGCGCGCAUGAAAGAAACCUUCUGCGGCCGUCUAGUGUGUGGGCUCUGCGGGGAGGCUGUCAAGGAAGAGAGGCUGCGUAUGGGACCUGAGACCUCCAUGGACGACGCUGUUUGUGCCCACAUGAAGAUUUGCCUCAAUUACAACUCCUUCACACGGCAAGACCCCGCCGCGCACUUGGCUCAGGCUAUGUGUCAGAUUUUGAGGAGCAUUGACAGUGGAGCGCCUCUAAGGCCCAGGGGUCGGCUGUGGUCGCGCGCUGGGCUCUCUCGUAGUGAGACAUUCCAUAGCUGAGAGACAUGCAAAAGUUUGCCGUGCAUGAACUAAAUGUACACGAAUUUCUGUACCCACAUCUUUCUCAUUGUUUGAGAAUAUUACACGGCCUUCUCCAGUGAUCGGACUCUGAAAAGACCAUUGAACUGUUCUCAUUUUUGACGAUAAGAAGAAGGAGAAGCUCAAAAUGGAGUGCGUCGCAUCUCCUAAUUCAACUUGUGAUAUUUCGGGCCCAAGAAAACCAAGCUAAGGCAGUCACGAAGUGGUUCAGCAUUUCGAAUGCCAAUUAUUACCGCCAAUGCAGUGAGUGGUAUCAAUCAGCUUCUGUACACAAGAAAUGUAGCUGAUCGAGCACUGAUUAGAUUUGAGCUCUUCAACGACGCUGCAUGUGACCAUGUUGCUUUCAGGCUGAGUCUACCAACAGUGGCUUCAGCCGAUAAGAAAACCGCCCUUUCUGUAGUGGGUUUGAACUGGUUUCAAAAGCCCGCUUGCAGAAUGCUGGCUCUGCAACAUGAUGUCAAUUACAUCAAUGCGCUGUUGCUAAGAAGGAAUCUUGGUUACGUUCACCUAAGCAGCUGCUUCCUUGUGCUGCUCGUUUCCCCUAGUCUCUGCAGUCUAGUUAAGUGCCAAAGGGAGAAGUUUUCCUUAGAGCUUGAUACAUGUAAACCAUACAGGCUAUUAGAUGCACAUUCUUUUGACUUCUGAAUUAACAAUACUCGGUAUAUAGAUCGCAGUUCGAAAUUGUAAAUUAGAUCAUUGUAAAGAGCUUUUGGAUUGUAGGUUGAAUCAUCUUUCUUGCA